CUCUUAUCAUGGCUGCCACCUCCGGGUCAUUCCACUGAGUUAGAAACGUUCUUGAGCAAAACGACAAUUCAUCGUCAAACUGUGGAAAAACGUCUAAAUCCAUGUUGUGUUUCGUCGCAGGUGGUGGAGCUAAAGACGGGGGGCAAAGACAUUCCUGUGACCACGGCCAAUCGGAUCGCUUACAUCCACCUGGUGGCUGAUUAUAGGCUGAAUAAACAGAUCCGGUCCCACUGCCUGGCCUUCAGACAGGGCCUCGCCAACGUGGUCAACCUGGAGUGGCUGCGCAUGUUCGACCAGCAGGAGAUACAGGUGCUGAUUUCUGGAGCUCGUGUGCCAAUCUGUCUCGAUGACCUGAAGAAUUUCACAAACUACUCAGGUGGAGGAAAACAGCUUCACUGGAUUCUAUU